AACAGUUAGGGAUUAAAGAAAUCGUGAUUUUUAAUUCUAAUAUGUAUUUAUUGCUUCUCUUUGUGAUUUUACAUUAUUUAUUAAUAUAGAUGUGUUUAAUGCACGAUUAAAGUUAAUGAUUUUAUUGUCCUACCGAAAUAUUAUAAGCAACUCGAUGCUUAUAUUUGCCAUUUAUUAAACCUAAAUUAAAACUGUAAAUAAAAAUCAUGGGUAUUACGGGAUUAUUGCCUUUUAUAGAAAAAGCUUCUAGACGUGUUAAUGUUAGUGAAUUUAAUGGAUGUACUGUGGCUAUUGAUUCCUACUGUUGGCUGCACAAGGGAGCUUUUGCUUGUGCUGAUAAAAUAGUUCGAGGUGAAGAAACAGAUAUACAUAUAAAGUAUUGUUUGAAGUAUGUGAAUAUGCUUUUAUCAAAGAAUAUUAAACCCAUCCUUGUGUUUGAUGGCAGACAUCUACCAGCAAAAGCAAUGACUGAAUCUAAAAGGAGAGAAUCUAGAGACAUAUCUAAAAAGAGAGCAGCUGAAUUGCUAAGUCUUGGGAAGGUAGAUGAGGCACGAUCAUACAUGCGACGUAGUGUGGACAUCACCCAUGCAAUGGCCCUUAGCCUCAUCAAAGAAUGCCGGAGGCUUAAUGUGGACUGUAUUGUGGCUCCCUACGAAGCAGACUCGCAAUUGGCCUAUUUGAACAUUAAAAACAUCGCUCAUGUAGUUAUAACAGAGGAUUCUGAUCUAGUCUUGUUUGGAUGUACCAAGGUCCUUUUUAAAAUGGAUUUAGAUGGUAAUGGCACUUUGGUGGAAACAGCUAAACUUCCUUUGGUGAUGAAGUGCCCGAUUGAGCAUUACACAUUCGAUAAGUUUAGACAGAUGUGCAUCAUGUCAGGGUGUGAUUAUCUCUCGUCACUGCCUGGGAUCGGACUUGCGAAGGCGCGGCAGUUCGUUACGGCCACACGCGAGUCUAACUUUGCGAAUGCACUUAGAAAAUUACCGAGUUUCUUCAACAAAUCGAAUUUAACAGUAACUGACGAGUACAGGGAGAGUUUUCUAAAGGCAGAAGCCACUUUCAAACAUCAGUAUGUAUACGAUCCAUUGGUGAGGCAGAUGGUGAGGCUCACAGAACCUGAUGAUGAAGAUAUAGAACAGGCGCUGUGCGUCAAUGCUGGCGAGUUGUUGGAUGCCAAGAUAGCUUUUGAGCUAGCACUUGGAAAUUUAGACCCCUUCACAUUAAAUAAAAUGGACGAUUGGCAUCCAGACUACAGAGAGAAUACUGAUGGCCGUAUAAAAACAAGCAGUUGGAAAAAUAAAGGUGUGUCUACACAUCCUAGUAUUUGGAAUGAGAAUUUUAAAGAACAUUUAAGUGAUCCAUGUCCGUGGCAAAAGAAAGUAAAAAAAGUGGAACCUAUUAUAGCAGUUCCACAGACCAGACCGAAAAAGAAAAUAGUGAACCUUGUUAGUAAAUAUAUUCCCGAAACAGAAGACCAAAGUUUAACGAUAGAAAAUCUAAGUAAUAUGUACUGCAUGGAACCAGUGUGCAAGAAACCAAAAUCUGACAAUGAUUUUCAAUUGAACCAAUCUCUCACUCAAUUUGACACCCAAGGCAGUCACAAUGUGGCCUUACAUGAUGACGACAUCAUAAAAGAACUUGAAACACAAAAAGAGAAAUCUCCUAUUUUGGAGAAUAAACAGAGGUCAUUUAAGAAAUGUAGUUCUAAGAAUGGAAGUUAUUCCAUAUUGAAAAGACUUAGUAAAUUCCCUAGAACGGUCUUGGAUGAUCAUGUUGUAGAGAGUAAAUUUUUUAAUUCUACCUCAAGUGAUACCUCAACGAGUAAUUGUAAGGAAAGUAUUAUUGAUAGUGUUAAUGAUAAUGUUACAGUAGAAGAAUCUCCUGAUAAGCUAAGUAGAAACCCUUUUAAAGUUAAGUUAGUUGAAAGUGUGACACGUUCAUUAGAAAUAAAUACAGAUUGUAUAGAGAUACCUGAUUCUCAAUUUAAUAGUUCUCAAAAAGAAAAUUCACCGCAAAGCAGUCCGGUGAAAUGUCAGAGGAGUCCAAUUUUGGAGCCUAGUUCGCGACAAAACAAUCAGUUAAGGAUACUCGAAGAAAAACUGUCCAAUGACAUCUUUAGUCAAGAAUCGGUUAUUGAAAAUACUUAUCCUUUGGAAACAUUAAUUACGCCACUUGAUUCACAGAGUUCAUUCGGAUCAAGUCCACCAAAAUCGAAGCUGUUAUGGAAAGAAUCGCAAAAACCUAUAAUCCCUAAUAGUCAACCUAAUAAAAUAGGUGGGACAAAUAGUAUUAAAAGGUCAAUAAGUAAAGCUCCUGUUCUUAAAAGGACGACAUCUUUACCGAGUAAUCAACCCACUUUGCUGAGUAAAUUUGGAUUCCAGAAAAAGCCUGUUUUGAAGAGGUGAUCUUUUGUGAUUAUGCAGUGUCGCAGUGUUAUAUAAUGUUUAAUUAUGAGUUAUUGUUAAUAUCCUAUUUUAUUUUCUACUUAGUGCUUUAAGAAUUAAAAUACAGUUUUAUUUGUUAAUGCGACAGAAUGAGUGUAAAAUUUGUAUCCUGGACGUCGCUAAUUGUGAUAUUACUGGUAUAAUUUUUUUAUGUGAUAAGUGAAACACUGAUUAUGUGACUA